UUUAAUUAUUUUUUGAAUAUGGAAUCGCAAAAGGAUUGGAUUAAAUACUGUUCAGAUCACAUUUUGAGAAAAAUGAGAUCUGAUCGGUAUGGUAAUCUGUUUGCGACCCCUGUAUUGGAAGCAAGCGAUUCUAUAAUUCCCCCUUCAGUCAAGGAUAAUUAUAGGAUUGUUAUUAGAAAACCUAUGGACUAUAAAACAGUCAAGAUGAAGCUAGAUUCUGGCUCUUAUAUGAAUCCAGACGAGUUCUGCGAGGAUAUGAAAUUGAUUUAUGACAACUGUAUGAGGUUUAAUCCACCAAUUGGAAACAGUAAAUGGGCACAUGAUGCAGCCGUUACAAACCUUAAAAAGUUCAUGAAAAUGUGGGAAACGUCAUAUAAGGUGAUACAGAAUUUGUAUGAAAGGACUAAAAAUUCCAUGGUUACCAAGACUGAACCAAUAUCCACAGUUGUUAUGAACAAUUUCGCAAGUGUUAAUUCAAAUUACCUGAAUGCAAGUGAUAUAAAUAAAUCCCGAAUGACAGAGGGGUACGAUAGACCGUACCCAGCCACUGACCCAUAUAGUAAAUCACUUUCAGCCGAUGGUUAUACUAGACCUUUUUCAUCCACUGACGGCGUCAAUUCCUACCCUAGUAUGGGUUCAGACCCCGCAGUUGAUCUCUCGUGCACGUUCAGUAACAGUGAAGUUACACCAAGAAAUAAGUGGUCGUUCAGACUAAGCCUCCAGAGCAUCCAGGAGUAUAAACUCCGGAAGGGUUUUGUUAACCAAGUGCCUGAAUCCAACGGAUUUUCAAGUUAUCUAGACCCUAAAAUCACCCGUGAACACGACAUUACACGCAAUACUAAUCCACAGAUGGCAUUGUCAUAUGAUGGAUACCCGACUGUUGGAACUGCCCUGGAAACUUCAAAUUAUGAAGUCUACAACGAGUCUGGACUCUCAACAUACGCCGGUGCAGUGGACUACGAAGACUUUGAAGGUGAAACUCACGCGAGUUUCGAGUACGAAGUGCCGCAAAUCCUCUCUAAAAAUGAUGACGGGAUUGUAUGUGUCAGCUUCCUCUCCGAUAACGAUUGUAAUACUCUGUUCCCCGAUUGGAAUGUUAUAGGUUUCACCCCAGAAAAAACCUACUCAUCCAACGCUUAUUCAACUAAUAAUAGAUAUAUCAGUGGAAAUAACGCCUAUAACACUGCUAGUAAUGGAUAUAACACUGGAAAUAGCCCGUUUGCCACUAAUAACGUUAGAUAUAACAAUGGAGCUAACGCCUAUAACUCCGGCAGUAACAGAUAUAGUUCGAACAACAGUAGAUACACCAUGAGUGAUGUGAACAUUCGAUAUGUUUACAACCAGUUGUAUUUGAAUGAUAUUAACAGUUUAAAGUUUGAUCAUAAGCAGAUAAUCCAGGAAAAAGAGCCAGUUGAGGAGGAGUAUAAACUAGACCUGAACCAUCCGAAAAUUAAGUUUAGUUUAAAUAAUUCGUCAGAAAUGGUAACAACGAAUCCAGGGUCACCGGAUACAUCUUUUUACAAUUUGGAAACUGAUGAAAUAACUGACAAUUUACAUAACAAUCAUCAUGGUAGGAAGGGAUUUAGGAAAUUUGUGGACAAUUUGUUUGUAAAAAAGAAUAACUCCCACGUUAAGAGGGAACACUAUAACGGACACACUUCAGAUUUAACUAAUAACAAUUUGAUUAACAAGUUUUUCAAUGCAGAUUCAAUUGAUUUAAACAACACGUAUUAUUUAAGCCCAAAUUCAAUAAAUUUAACCUCCAACACCGAUUUCACACCCUCCAAUGGAGAUUUCACCCGUUCUAAUGGAGAUUUCACACAUUCCAAUGGAAAUUACACAGACUCCAACGGAGACUACACUAAUUCCCACUGCGAUUACGCAGGUUUUAACCAAGAUUUAAAUUAUAACUCAGAUUUAACCUAUAACAAGGACGUUAAUUACAACGGAGAUUACAUCACCUCCGAUAAAGAUUACUUAACAUCGAGCAGAGAUAUAGACUCUAAUUUGGACUAUUUGUAUUGCAAUGAUUUGGAGUAUAAUGUGCUGGGAUUGAGGCCUAAAGAGGAAACGCUGGAUUUAUAUAUAGACAUAGACUCGAACUCCAUAGUAAACGCAUCGGAAACGGCACUGUUGUUGGAAAAGAACUUUUUCAGCAGAGUUUCUGUGAAGGACCAGUACUUUAAGAUUUAUGAGAAGCCCCAGCUGUCACUGAUUUGUAGUAAUAAGGGUUACUUUAAACUCGACGAGUCUGACUUUGUUUACGAAGAUGUCGACAUGAAACACAUUCGUAUAUUCUUCUUCAACUGUUCCAAAAGUAAGGUUAAGGUUUCCUCUAGAAAAUUGAGUUUCACAGACCUGGUUUUGGGCGACCGUUACAACUUGUCCCUUGUAAACAACUUGCACAACGAUUUUAAGCUCGGGAAUGUGUCAAAUUUGCCUUUUUUCACCCUUCCAAACUCUACGCCUAUUUGCUUCUCAAAGCAGCAGGACAUUCUCUACAGACUUCAACUCAUCAACAACUCCCUGCCAGUGCAGCUACUCGCAUUACACAUUAUAUCAACUCAUUAAUCUCCAAAACACUCUAAUAUAAUAAUCCACAAUAGUAUUUGUUAUUAUAUUAUUGUGUAC